AUGGCUAUUCCAGCUGUGUCUGCACCGGGAGUUAUACAGGAGGUUUACAUGGACCCGGGGACAGCUACGGUGCCGGAGGUGAUAGUCAUCGUGGUGGUGGAGGUAGACGGAGGCGAUUACGGAAAUACACCUGUUAAUGUAGGCGGAGGCGAUUACGGAAAUACACCUGUACAUGCAAGCGGAGGCGUUUACGGAAAUUCACCUGUACAUGUAGGCGGAGGCGAUUACGGAAAUACACCUGCUAAUGUAGACGAGGCGAUUACGGAAAUACACCUGUACAUGGCGGAGGCGAUUACGAUAAUACACCUGUUCAUGGCGGAGGCGAUUACGAUAAUACACCUACGAGGCGAUUACGGAAAUACACCUGUACAUGGCGGAGGCGAUUACGAUAAUACACCUGUAUAUGGCGGAGGCGAUUACGAUAAUAAACCUGUACAUGGCGGAGGCGAUAAUACACCUGUUCAUGGCGGAGGCGAUUACGAUAAUACACCUGUUCAUGGCGGAGGCGAUUACGAUUAUACACCUGUUCAUGGCGGAGGCGAUUACGAUUAUACACCUGUUCAUGGCGGAGGCGAUUACGAUUAUACACCUGUUCAUGGCGGAGGCGAUUACGAUUAUACACCUGUUCAUGGCGGAGGCGAUUACGAUUAUACACCUGUUCAUGGCGGAGGCGAUUACGAUUAUACACCUGUUCAUGGCGGAGGCGAUUACGAUAAUACACCUGUUCAUGGCGGAGGCGAUUACGAUUAUACACCUGUUCAUGGCGGAGGCGAUUACGAUAAUACACCUGUACAUGGCGGAGGCGAUUACGAUAAUACACCUGUUCAUGGCGGAGGCGAUUACGAUUAUACACCUGUUCAUGGCGGAGGCGAUUACGAUAAUACACCUGUUCAUGGCGGAGGCGAUUACGAUAAUACACCUGUUCAUGGCGGAGGCGAUUACGAUUAUACACCUGUUCAUGGCGGAGGCGAUUACGAUUAUACACCUGUUCAUGUCGGAGGCGAUUACGAUUAUACACCUGUUCAUGGCGGAGGCGAUUACGAUAAUACACCUGUUCAUGGCGGAGGCGAUUACGAUAAUACACCUGUUCAUGGCGGAGGCGAUUACGAUUAUACACCUGUUCAUGGCGGAGGCGAUUACGAUUAUACACCUGUUCAUGUAGGCGGAGGCGAUUACGGAAAUACACCUGUUCAUGGCGGAGGCGAUUAUGAUAAUACACCUGUACAUGUAGGCGGAGGCGAUUACGGAAAUACACCUGUACAUGGCGGAGGCGAUUACGAAAAUACACCUGUGCAUGGCAGAGGCGAUUACGAUAAUACACCUGUACAUGUAGACGGAGGCGAUUACGAUAAUGCACCUGUUCAUGCCGGAAGCGAUCAUGUUGAUACAUCGAUAUAUGACAGUUAG